UGGUUUUUCCAAUGUGAGCCACCGAGCUGGGUCCUGUGUUGCUGCUCAGUUUGGCCACGCCGACUUGUGGGUCUAUUUUGGUAUCUUUUGCGCUCGUGUUCAGCCUUGCCACACCAGUGCAUUCGAACAUGAAUCCAAGGGCUUCACUCACUUAGGUGCUGCUCUGGAUUCAUGGACUCUGCUCUUUGGAACGGUGCUUAGGACAAACUGAAUCUUUGGCCUGAGCAUGAAACACCCAUCACAAAGAUGAAUUAGAGAAAUCUGUGCACAUCUGUGAUGCCAGGCUGAACCCAACGAAAGGUCAAGAGUCUGCAGAGCUGAACAACUGGUGAUGCAAAGCUACCAUGAGCUGUUUGGAAAAGCGGCACACGACUCACCGGAUGGGGAGCAUGCUUCACCAUCGCUUUCCCAACGGGUUUAUGGACCUGUUCAUGGAUGAGACGGACCGAGAGGUCAGCACCCUCACAGACAGGGCCUUCCGUAGCCUUUGUAUCGGCGAUGACGCAGUUUACAACGAUGACUUCUUGUACGGAUACUCCCCUUACAGCUGCCUCAAGCCUUUGGUUGGAGAGCCGCUCAAAAAGACUCAGCAAACAGAAUCUAAAAAAGGUAAACACAAAUCUGAAAAGGGGGAUGCUCAUCCUUUGAAACAGCAGCAGCAGAACAGCAUAUCCCACAUGUCAUCGUUCCUCAAGGUGCUAAGUGCUGCAGAGGAAAGCUGUGAUGGGAUGUUAAUCACAAACAGGGAUGUGAUGGAUGCCAAUGGGGAAUCUUGGGAUAAAUCUGCACUGCGCAGCAUCGAGAGAGAGCUGUCCGAGUUCUCUGACUAUCACACCAGCCUCGCAGAUGGACAUUACAAGAACUGUUUGCCUCAUCAGUCUGGCAGUUGCUCAUCAAAUAGCAAAGGCAAAGAUGACAACUUUUUAUCUGGGAAAUCACCAAAGAUUAAAAGCCGGAAAUAUGCUGUCAAGCUAAGAAAGCUUAACAUUAAAAACUUUUUCCUCCACAGCGAGUUUAGUCCCUUUCAAACGUGGACAGACUUGAACCGGUACCCCUUUGCUCAGGAUAACACUGUCACCAAUAUUCUUUCAGCCGAUAAUAUCUCUAAAUGGUAUGACUUGCCUUUUUACAAAGAGCUGACUGAGGCACACAGGAAAGAGACGCUACAUUCAGAGGAGCCAAAGACGCACCAGAUCGAAGCAGUGGAACCCUCUGAUGCCAAAGUUACCAAACCCAUCCCCGCUCCUCCUGCACUAAAGGGUCUGCCAAAACCCUCAGCCCCUCCAGCUGAGAAGAGGUGCUCCUCAGAUGGAGGAGAGGGGCAUGCUGCCCCCUGGAGGUGCAACAAGUCCAGGGCAAAAAGUGCAGUGCCACCCAAUUACCCUGGAGUAGCAACUCAAGAGAGCAAUUCAAAAGUCAGGAAAGAAAGUAUUUUGUUGUCCCACAAGGAAGCUAAAGCUGUGGAAGUGAAAGCAGUUAAGGAGGUCAGCUCUUUGGCCUCUACUCCAUUCAGUAUCUGCCAGCUGAUGACCCCUGUCAUUCCCUCCAGACAGCCAACAGAAACAUCAGAAAUUCUCCAAGCAGUCUUCUCACCCUCUGCUCUUGAUCUUCUAGGUAGGCCUCACUCUGAGGCCAAGGGGACUCCUGAACCUCCAGUCAAGCGCGAAAGCUACAAAUCACUCGCAUCCAGCAUCCUCUUUAACCUGAAAGACAACAGGAAAAGGGUCAAGAGCCGAUACAGUCCACCCAAAUUCAAAGCGUCUGAUCCACCUGAGGGUGGCACCCAAUCUCCACAAACAGAUCAUGUGACUAGGACUGCUUCCGAAGGCAGUGGGUCUGGUUUAAGCACGCCUGCCGUUUUGAAAGAUUGUCCACCUUUUUCCAGUCCCCCUGUAGAAGCUAUUUCAUCCCCAAAUGAUGAUCUUACAAAACACAAUAGUGACAAGCCCCUGUCAGAUGAUUAUUUGUUGUUGAAUCUACUGCAGUCUAAACAGGAUGCUGUAGGCAGCAGCAGUCACGGAGAUGGCAGCCCCAUUUCUCCUUUUAUGGUCUCAAAGAAAAACAAGAGCCCGAUGUCUAAAAAGCAAAACUACCCCUCUCUGAAUUUGUACAAGAAAGCCAGUCCUGUCGACAGCGGGAUGAAAUACCUUCAAGUACCUCUGAGCACCAGCCUUCCUGUAAAAACCGAUGCGCCAACUGAAACAAAAGACAGAGAGCUUCCUGCAAAUGUACUGCCAACAAACACAGGGCUGUCACCAAGUACUUUAAAUGUCAUCAAAGAUUAUUCCCGCAUAAUUCCACCCCACACGCUUGAGAAUUCGAGGCUGUCAUCAGAUGGAAAAAGACCACCAAACGUCCCAGAGAAAACAAAACGGGUGGUGAAAGAUGCAAAUGAGAAGGACUUUACAGUGCAAGAGGCUCCGAAGGAAAGCGACCCAAGUGGCCAAACCAUAAAUACAAUCAACGUGAUCAGAGCUGCACGGGAAGCAAUUAAUGCAGCCAGAAAAGCAAGGUCAGCAAGUUAUCCAGAUAGCAUCAACAAGCAGUUGGCAGACUCCCAAGAGCUGAGGCAAAACGAAAUGCUUGGAAGCAGGAGGGGAAGUUCGGCCACAGACAGCAACGUUUUAUCACAAAAUGACUCAAAUGAAACACUGGUGAGUAAAAGCAGUUAUGUUAGCAAAGAGCCGCCACCUGUUCCAAAAAGAAACUUUGCUAAAACAGACCUUCAAGCUUCUCUGGACAAACAGCAAAAGCGUAAAGCUAACAAAAGCUCUAACGGUGAUUCUGUGGACGAAAAACACGACUCACUGACAAAAGAGAAUGGCCCUGCCCAGAGACAAGACCAGGCCAAAAACCUCUUCUCGUCUAAACUAAACAAUUAUAUCAAACAUCAGAGAUAUGCAGAGACAGACGAUGAACAAAAUAAGGAGUGUGAGGAAAGCAGUUUGGAUGCGAACACAAAAAGAGAGAGAGACAUCAAAAUGGCCUUAAGAGAAAUGAGAGAGAGUGAACAUAUUUUUAAUGAUUUGCAGGAUUUGAAAGAGUUAGAGAAAGCGCGAUUCGGCGAGCGCAUGCUUGAUAACACUAGGCGCAAACUAGAAGCUUUUAAUAUUGAUGAGAAGGCGAAGGCAAAGAAUAAUUUAAUCUCUAGGGAGCUUCAAAAUAUAAAAAGAGGAAUGCUAUCCAUGAGAGGAAACACCUCGGCCAAGAGAAAAAUAUUUGCUAAGCAGAAGGAGCAGAGCAAGCAAGAGAGUUUCUCAAAGGUGGACGGUCAAGUCAUCGUGAACAGAGCACUUCUAAACGACAAUUAUGACAAAGCUAAAAUGGCGCUAGAGGAAGUCAUCUCAGAGAGAGAGAAGAGACAGAAAAAUGUCCAGGAGCAGGAUUCAGCUGUAACAUCAGAAGAGAACAUCACAGGUGAGAGUUUCGAAACAUGGGUGCAGGAAGAUAAAAAAGGCAUCAGAGCAUGUACGGAUGAGGAGGAUGCUACAACUACAGAGCUAAAUACACAGUCAGGUGAUUCGGGGGAGCACAGUUUGCAAAAACACAUUUUUUUACAAACUCCACCUGAUGAGCCUCAGAGAUGGGUCGAGUUGUCAGGGAUUGACACGGUUGAUGACGAGGUAAAUGAACUCCUAAAACCCAAGCAAAUUAAAGGAAAGUUGGCUGAUAAUCCCGCUCAAGAGAUCAACUUUGAGGGUCAUAGUAAGUCAAGUGGUCAGAGUGGAAGCACCGACAAAAUGUUUGAUACUCCUCCUGUUCCCCCCAGGAACAAAAAAGGAGGGAAUAAUAAAAGAGAUGGAAGCAGCACUGAAGAGAAACAUGCAGAAGGGGAUGUCUUUACCAAAGGGGAAUUUUCUGAAAAACUCGAGGAGCAAAUAAUUAACAUGAGCUCAGAUGUACAAGACUUAGAUUACAGUAAGGAUCUGCCCAGUCAGAGAGAAGGCCCGUCAUACAAACAGAGUCAGGAGCAGGUAAAUGAUGCUAAUUUAAAUCUGAUUGCUGUACCAGAUAUAGAUAGGCAGGAGUCUAAAUUACCUUCAAACCAUCCAUGUUUAUCACCAAAGCUACCAGAAAAUCAAAGCAAGGCAAACAGAUUUGACUUAAACACGAGCCCUAGGAAGACUACCAUUGCUAAUGCCCCAGAGACCUGCAAGAAAAAGCGAAAGGCCCCUUUGAAACCAGAUCACAUACUCUGGUUAGAGGAGAAUGUAACCAAAGGCCAAAAAGCAGAAGAACUGGACAAAGUAUGCAAUGAGGGCAUAAAUAUUGAUGAAGAAGUUCACUGUGAAGUCCCCAGAACCACUGUGUCCCCAUUACUGCUGGUAAAUGGUAUCAGCAUUGCCCAGAGCCCACCAGAUCAAUCCAGCUUGUCUUCAAAAUCCUCCUACUUCUCAGUGGAGAGUGCCUUCCACAGAAACACUGAAACUGAGUCGAAUGUCUACCACUCUUUGGAGAACUUAACUCAAGAGAUGGAUGAAGUUGGUAGGCCAGGGCAGUCGGCUUCACAGGAGGACUUGGACAGAGCUUUUAUGGAGUGUUAUCCUGUAGGUGAUCAGGAGAGGGAGUUAGAGGUAAUAAAACAGCAGAUAAAGUCUCCACAAAAGGAGUCGGUGGACAUAGACGGUGAAGACAAAGGGAAUGUCCACAAGCAUGGCAGUCUAACUCGUGUAGGAAGUGAUCCAGCAGCGUCACCCACAGAUGCUUUCUCUCCAACGUUGGGGAUUCCAGCCUUGUUUAAAGUCAAAGACAACACUUUCAACCACAAAACGAGGAAGCCUGUAGCUCCCUGGUCUCCAAGAGCCAGUCUGAACAUCUCAGAGAGGGUAGAGGAAGUGUCACAUCAAACAAAAGAAACACCAGGGAUCCUUAUAGGUAAUGAAACUCCUGGCAACAAUAGCACCACAACUCUGCUACUUUCACCAUCAAACACUCAAAGUGAAAACCUGAAGAAAUCCCCGGCUGGCAUUUUCCUCACUGUCCCAUUAGAAGAAGACAUGUUUUCUAGUGUGACUCCAUCUUCUGAAGGCAUUGAGAGCACGACGACCAGUACAGCUGAUGAAAUUGCAAUGAACGCUGGUGUUCUAGUAGAAAAUGAAGGAACAAAAGCUCCCAGCAAAUGUUCAGGAUCCAUUUGUAGUGGCAGCGAUAGCCAAACGGAGCUGCCGAAGCCACCGGCAGUCUUACCCAAAUCUGACAAGGCUGUUCAAAAAGCAAUUAAGCUAACUAACAGACGGAUGAAGAAGGAGGAGGCCCAGAAGUUGUCUCACAAGACAUCUCAAAGUGGCAGUAAACACAAAUCGGACCGAUCCAAAAGUGAUAAAUCAGAACAGAAAACCAACAGAGGGGCUAAAGCUGACAAGAAUGGAGAGAAAAAACACAGAGAAAUAAAAGAAUCUCCCAGUCAUAAUGAUAGUUACCAAAGUAAUGACGGCAAUGGACAAAAGGAGCUAAUACCAAGCUGCACCGAGGACAGCUAUCACACAAGAGCGGAAACUCUCAAAGCUCAAAGAGAGAGCCAAGAUUCCCUGGAAACCACUAGCCAGAGCAACGAUGCUCUACUUAGCCCAACUUUAGAAAGACAAGGCCGCAGUAGUGACAGACACAUGCAGGAAAAGUCCAAACAAAGGGAUUACAGCAGUGAUAGAGUCAUCAGUAACGUGCCUGUAUACAAAACUAGUGUCGAUGAGAGGCCCGCCUUGGACAGGCCGUUCCACCGCUCACAGAGCAUUGACAGGUACCUGGGAGGUAAAGCAGAGCGCAGGCUCAGCGCUGAUGUGUCUGCAAGUGAGAAGCCUGAAUCCAGGAGUCAGCGCAUUGAGAAGUCCCUCGUGAAUGAGCUUCAGCAAAGAGGCAGAGUCCGAAACAAAGCAAGCAAUGGAAACCCUCUGAGAAGAAGUCAUAGUAUUGAUACAUACAGCACUGAAGCACCAUCCCUGUCUCGCCAGUCAAGCCGCACUAGCCAACUUUCUCGCCAGUCUAGCAUCGAGCACACUAUUGUCACACAGUCCUUCCCAAUGACUCAGCGAAAACUCCUCCAGGAUCCAAACUCUGGGCAGUACUACUUUGUUGACUUACCUGUGCAAAUCAAGACAAAGACCUUUAUUGAUCCUCGUACAGGAAGCUACGUGCAGCUGCCAGUCCAGCCAACAGAGGGCAUGGUUCCUCAAGGUCCCCACAUGGAAGUCCUAACUCCACCGAUGGUUGUUUACCACCGAUUUGUGCCUGUUCCUCUGUCCCCUAUGGCUCAGAAUACCGCCAUCCAGGCACAACAAAUAGAACUGGAGGAUUUAGAGCAGAGGCACGGGGAAAGGGCGAGACAAAUGCACUGUAAAGAAGGAUAUCCAUAUCUAGAGCCUGUCUAUGGUCAACAUGACCACAUGCUAGGGGAGUUCAUGGGCACAGAGGAGCUGGACUGUCCUAGCUGAUGAGAUGUUAGCUGCAUUGAUCUGUGGUGUCCGAUGCAAACCAGGAGGUAUUUUUAUGAUGUUGUGUUAUGGUACAGUCCUUUUUCAGCUCACCUUAUCGUCACGUUGCCUCAUCUUCUGCCACUUCCAGAUGUUAAGCAAUACAACUAAAACACACAUUUUGAGGUCAUUCUUGCUAAUCAAAUUUUUUUUUAAUUCUAAAUACUAUUUUUGCAGCCACUAAAUUGAUUGGCAGGAUAAGAAGGGUAUGCAUUAAAAGCACCCCUAAAAUGGCCCUAGAGAUGCAAAGUAGAUCCUAGUGCAUAAUUAUGGGAUGGAUAUUUAAAGGGUGUUUUUCAAGCUUUAUUAAAGUUUUGAGUCUUUGACUUUGUUCUGCUUUACUUUGAACUUUGAUCAUACAUGAAAGGUGUCCUGGUUUUAUGAUUCAACUUUGACCUUCAUGGGAUUUAAAUGGAAAACCACUUAAGAAUAAACAUAGAGCAAAUAAAAGACUAUAGGACUUUAAUGUGAAAGUCAAUUGUAUAAAAAUUGGUAGAAAUAUUAUAAGAAAAUGUUUAAUUUUUAGGACAGAAGAAACAACAUGGGUAAUACGUGUAAACAGAGGCAAUACGGGAUGUGAAAUGUUUAAUCUGUUGUAAAUGCUGAAUGGUUUGUUGUCUUCUGUUUGAUCUACAUUUGAGGCCUCAUGACUUCUGUUUUCUUACUGGUGAGUUUGUUGAGGCUUCUAUUUUCACCAAAUCAUUUUAAGAUAAUUUCCCACUACUUGAAUCUACUCAAAAGAACUUUUAAAAGUGUUUGUAUAAUAGACAACUUAAAACAGAUUGCAUGUUAAACAUAGAAUUGCACCCACUGAAUGUGUACGAAGAGGUUUGAACUGGUACUUAUGCAUAAUGUUUUUGUAUGUAAAUAUCUUAAAGGGGACUUGGUGUUGUAAAGUUGUUGCCUUUGGUAUUUUCCUCAGCUAGAGUCAAGCAGAGCUGUCUUGUGUCUGUGAUCCAUUCCAAUUAAAAGAAACAGCUGUUUUAA